AUGAAGUCAUUUGAUGGAAAAACCCUUACGUCGAAGCCUGAGAUUCUCGCUGAGAUCGAAGGCUACUACGGAACACUGUCCUACAAAAAUCAGCAACCUGACCCCGAAUACGAUGAUCCCACAGCUAUAUUAACCCGCUACUUUACCGAAGAGCUGCCAGAUAUCUGUCUGGACGAGAUCGAGUUGGCCCUCGAGCAACUUAAGCUCUUGAAAACGGGCAACCACUGCUAA